AUAUAUUACUAUUACUAAAGUGUUCAAGUAUGACUUUUUAUAUAGUUGUCAUCUGUAGGUGACUUGAAUUUAGUAUUUGCAAGCAAGUAACUAACUGGUAUGGCAUUUGGUAAAUUUCUGAAUUUGCAAUAUUUUUUUUUUCUUGAGCUUGGAAUGUUUCAAGCUAAUUAACUAAAAUUUGUUGGGUGUUAUCCUGGAAGAAAUAUAUCAACAAAGAUGGGAUCUGAGGAGCUUGAAGAGAACAUGGAUGCUUCACUGUAUAAGGCAGCAGCAGAAGGCAACAUUGAAGAAUUCAAUAAUAAGCAGAGGCUUCAACUUGAGUCGCUAAAGACCCCAAACCAUGACAACGUGCUCCAUGUUAACUUGGCAACCCAGGAGAAUGCUGCCUGGCCUUUCCGCAUAUUUUUAUCAAUAAUCGAAUUCUACCCCUUAAUUAAAUUCUAUCCCUUAAUACAUGGAUGCUUCUCUUCAUCUUUGCUUAAUUUAAUUACUAGGAUAAGAGGAGAAAAAAGAUCAGAUUUUAUCGAACAAAUUCUCAGCAAGUGUCCGUCACUGCUACUCCAAACGAAUGCUAAAGGUCAAACUCCUCUGCACUAUGCAGCAAAGUAUGGACACUCUGCUAUUGUGAAACUUCUAAUAAAGUCUUGCGCAAAAGCUAGAACUGGAGAUUUAGAGCAGGGAACGGAUCAAGGAAGUGCAGUGAGGGAGAUGCUUAGGAUUAGGGAUAAGGAAUCCAACACGGCUUUACAUGAAGCAGCACGGUGUGGCAAUGUUGAAGUGCUGAAAGCAUUGUUGGAGUUUAAAAACCCUGAUUUUCCGUAUUCUGCCAACGAAAAACAGGAGACUCCACUUUACAUAGCAGCUAGGAGGAGAGGAUCUGGGCGCUUGUUGACUCUAUUAUUAGGUGAAUUCGAAUCAACGCCUCAUGACCGCCCCCACGGUAGAACAGCUUUGCAUGCAGCGGCUAUGGCUGGAGAUGCAGAGGCAAUAAGGGUAAUAUUAGAGAAGGAGAAUUUGACGAAGGAAAGAGAUGAAGAUGGACACACCUCUCUUCAUUAUGCUGCACACUUAGGUUCUAGAAUAUCAGUUGUGGAAGAACUGUUAAAAAGGGAUACAUCAGCUGCCUAUAUAGGUGAUGAUAAGAGGGGGAUGACACCCCUUCUUAUGGCAGCCAGGCAAGGUGAUGUUAGAACAGUUUUAAAGAUUAUCUCUUUAUGUCCAGAUUGUUGUGAAAAAGUGGACAACAAAGGUUUGAAUUUACUUCAUUAUUUGGCUUUUAGAGGCUCUUUCACUCUAUAUGGGCGUUCUCUUUUCAAGCUUGGUGGUAUUGAGAUUGCAUAUGGAUCACUCAGAAAUCUAAUGGAGUUGAAAGGUGACUUUGGGAUGACACCUCAAGAAGUUUAUAAUGCACUUAUAUCUGAGACACAGCAUCAUAAGCAGAAGCAAAUCAAAGAAUUGUUGGAAGAAAUUGAGAAUGAUCAAGUGGCGGAGGAACCAGUUCAUCACUUUCCAUUACGAAAUGUUUCUUCAGAAAGCUUGGAGAAGACAAAAAAUGCUCAUUUAGUAGUGGCAGCACUUAUAGCCACCGUCACAUUCGCAGCGGCAAUAACUGUUCCUGGUGGUUUAAAUAGUGACAAAGGGUCAGAGCAAGGCACUCCCCUUUUGUUUGAUAAGGCAGCCUUUAAAGCAUUUUUUGCAACAAAUACAAUAGCCUUUAUUCUCUCUGUUAUUGUCCUCGCCAACCACUUCGGGAUUUUGGAUACUAUAUUAUCAGGAUUUAGUUUUUGGCGUCGAUCGGUUUUUUAUCGAACGCAGUCUGUUGCUCAAACACUUGGCAUUGCAACAUUGAUGAUGGUAAUUGCUUUCGUCACAGGCAGUUUUGUGAUCUUAAAGCCAUCCAACGAUCUUAACAGUAUUUUAUAUCUCAUCAACCCUGGCCUUAGUUUCUUUGUGUGGCUAAUGGCGAUUUUUUUAUUGCGUAUUUAAAAAAUAAAUACGAUAAUAUUACUUUAUCAUGUAUUGCAAUCUGCUUCCAAUUUUUAGUAUCAAUAUUAUCUCUUUGAAGAAAGAUUAAUUGAA